CCAAGACAUCUUCCAGGAAGCUGCUGAAGCCGAGAAAAAAAAACAAGAAAGAAGAAAACCUUUCUCAAGUGUCAUCUGUGAAAAGCGUUUGGCUUUCAAAUCUGUUUUUGAUGCUCAUAUGAGAACUCAUACGGGUGAAAAGCAGUUUACAUGUGUGACCUGUGGAAAAUGUUUUACUCAAAAACAUGUUUUAACUCAGCACAUGAUGAUUCACACUGGUGAAAAGCCGUUUUCAUGUGUGAAUUGUGGAAAAAGUUUUAGUCAAAAACACGAUUUAACUCGGCACAUGAGGAUUCACACUGGUGAAAAGCCGUUUUCAUGCGUGACCUGUGGAAAACGUUUUACUCAAAAACAUGUUUUAACUCAGCACAUGAUGAUUCACACAGGUGAAAAGCCGUUUUCAUGUGUGAAUUGUGGAAAAUGUUUUAGUCAAAAACACGAUUUAACUCGGCACAUGAGGAUUCACACUGGUGAAAAGCCGUUUUCAUGUGUGAACUGUGGAAAAAGUUUUGGUUAUAAACCGGCUUUAACUCAGCACAUGAUGAUUCACACUGGUGAAAAGCCGUUUUCAUGUGUGAACUGUGGAAAACGUUUUAGUGAAAAACAGCAUUUAACUCGGCACAUGAUGAUUCACACUGGUGAAAAGCCGUUUUCAUGUGUGAACUGUGGAAAACGUUUUAGUGAAAAACAGCAUUUAACUCGGCACAUGAUGAUUCACACUGGUGAAAAGCCGUUUUCAUGUGUGACCUGUGGAAAAAGUUUUAUUCGAAAACCGGAUUUAACUCAGCACAUGAGGAUUCACACUGGUGAAAAGCCGUUUUCAUGUGGAAAUUGUGGAAAAAGUUUUAGUCAGAAACAAAAUUUAAUUCAGCACAUGAGGAUUCACACUGGUGAAAAGCCGUUUUCAUGUGUGAACUGUGGAAAAAGCUUUAGUCAAAAAACGCAUUUAACUCAGCACAUGAUGAUUCACACUGGUGAAAAGCCGUUUUCAUGUGUGAACUGUGGAAAACGUUUUAGUGAAAAACAGCAUUUAACUCGGCACAUGAUGAUUCACACUGGUGAAAAGCCGUUUUCAUGUGUGAACUGUUGA